AAAGGCAUUGUAAGCUCAGCUGAUUAUCAAAACAAGUUGCAAAAUUUAUUAUUAAUUUUAUUCUUUAGUUAAUUUGAAUUUUUAAACUAUUUCAACAGAAAUACAUGAAAUAUUAAGGUUUUAAAAAAAUGUUACUCAUAUAAUUCAAAAGGGUUUAUAAAUUAGAAUUUCAAGUAAAAUGUGUUUUAGUGCGGGAAAUUUAGAUUUUUAAACUUUUGGUAUUGGGCGAUUGUAGAUUCUUCGUUUAGAUUGGAAUAGAAAUAAUACUAUUGGUGGGGUAUUUGUUUUUGUGCCAAUAAACCCUUGAGUGUAAAUUUGCUUUUAGAUAUGCAGGGUAAAGUCUGAACUUUUAUUUUAAGUGAGUAAUGAGAUAUAUAUUUGAAUAGUCAUGAGCUCUUGGAGGUUAUGGAGUAGAUUAUUACCUCGCCCAACAAAUUAUCAUAACGUUGUGAAAAUUAUGGCUGCCUCUUUAUUCGUGCUUGGCUCUAAAGCCAACGAAAAUGGACUUGUUUUAUAUUCUCAUGGUUAUUCAUUUUACUCUCAAAAGGUAAUUAUGGCAAUGAACGAGAAAAAAUUGAAAUUUGAAAUAGCACCUGUGGACAUCACGAAAGGGGUCCAAUAUGAACCUUGGUUUCUGGAAAUCAAUCCAAGAGGUGAAGUACCGGUUUUGAAAGAUGGCAUCAAAAUAAUUCCAGACUCGUCCAGAAUAAUUGAUUAUCUUGAAGACAACUUCAGCAAUGGUGAUACUCCAAAACUGAUGCCCACCGAUAAAGGACCGCAAGUCAGACAGAAGAUUGAACACCUCCGUAAAAUCAUUGACAAGUUGCCAGCUAAUGUGAUCACCAUGGGAUCUUUUCUGCACCCUGAAUUUGCUCCUGAUCCCAAAAUGCCAUUCAUAAAGCCUGUUCGAGCUCAUCUUUCUAGUGCGGACGAAAAAGCUAGUGAUAUGUUGAGAGGUCUAGCGGAUAAGUAUCCUGAAAAGAAGGAUGUCUUCCUCAAAAAAGCUGAAGCACAUGAUCACAACAGAGCAAAAAUUGUACCCAAAGAAGGCUUCCAAAGCCUUUUGAAUGAUGUCGAUAUUGUUCUACAAGAAGUUGAAAAAGAACUCGAAAGUCACGCAGGUGAUGACAAAAUGUGGCUGUGCACAGACUCAUUUACAAUCGCCGACGUAGCUCUGACAAUCCUGUUGGACCGGCUGUAUUUGCUUGGUUUGGAAUCUUACUUUUGGACGAAUGGCAAGAAGAAGAAUAUUGAGUUGUAUUACGCACGAGUGCAGCAGCGCGAGUCCUACAAGCAAACAGUUCCCGACCUCUGCUACCAUUUGAAAACAUUUGUCAUGUCUCAGCUGAACACCAUUUUGGGCGUGGUUGGAGCCAGUUCAGCGGUUGUUGCUUUAUGCGGCAGCAUUAAGUUUUGGCAGAGAAAUAAGUAGUCAGUUUUCCACAAGAAAAUGCUCAAAAAAUGAUAGCCAUUUUACUUAGUUUUCGACUACCAAUGUCUGAUAACAAACUUAAUAAUUUUUAGAUUCCUCGAGGUGAUUGUUGGCUAUAUGCAGAUUUACAACUAACAUUUGUAUUGAAAAUCUAGUUUGAAGACUGAUACUAUACCAAACUCUAACUACUGUAUACCAAACUAUAUUUAUUUCAAUUAAAAUUAAAACAAAAUA